GUUUUCUCUCGUUGUCCGCAUGAGUUAGAAGAGGCUGCCUGCACCGGAGAACACGCAACAUAAGUUUAUCAUCAUGAAAGUAGCCAGAAAACAGCAUAAAGGAUCUGAGCUGCAGCUGCACGGACGUCAGCGAGGUGCUUAAAUGCGUGCAUGUUAGAAACAAGUGGAAGAUGCAGGGGACCAUUGCACGAGUGUGUAUGGUGGUGGCCGCUGCCAUAUUAAACCACCCCUUGCUCUUUCCCCACGAGAACGCCACGCUCCCGGAGCAAGACGAGGAGCUGAUGGCUCGAAUGCGGGAGCAUGAGGAGAGGCUGGAAAUGGAGCAGGCCAGGCUGGAGAAAGAGCUUUCACAGUUGGACUCAAAGCAGGAAGAAACCAGCUCGGAGGAAGGUUAUAGUUGGUACUUUUGGAGCACUGUGUCUUUCGUCAUUUUGUUCACUAUCGAGAUGUGCCGGGUGGAUCUUUCUGACGCAGAAAUCCGGCCAGUUGAGGAUGAAGACAUGUUUUCAGAGAGUGGAUCCAUCACCCCCAGGACGAUGCCGCUGGAUAAGGAUGUCCUGAGCAACUUCUGUGACAAAUGCGCCCACACUUCAGCACAUGAAAACUGGAGGGUGAGGGAGUUUGUCGAGGGUUUUGCCGAUGACUUGCUGGAAUCGCUCAGGAGUGUAUGUCACAGGGAGGCCGGCAUGGAAGUCGGGGACUUUGUCGGGAUUGGAAGCAUGUUCGAGUCUUGGAAGGUAUGCAAGCCACUGAUGUGCGACCUUAUAGUGCCUUUCUCGCCUCCAGAUCCGUACUCUUUCCAGUCCCACCUGUGGUGCAGCCCCUCCAGUGAAAUGCUUCCAGACAUGCAGGGCUGCGGCAAGAUAAAGGUGACCAGGUUUGGGGAGAACGAGGAGGGCUGUCUCUGUGGCUCUGCCAACCUGGGAGACGACAUGCUUUGUCUGUUGCAUGGUAGGGAUGACGCACUCAACGGGGACCACAGUCCUGAUGAACUGCUGUGCUCUAAGAAUACACGUUUCUUAUCCAAAGAUCAAGUCAUGAAGUGGUUUCAGAUCUCCGUUACCAAAGCGUGGGGCCGCAUCUCUCACAAAUACGACUUUGAGGUCACUUUUCGCAUCCUGGAUGCCGCCGGUGCACUGAAGAUCCGAUUCCGUUCAUUGAAAGUCAUCGUACUGAACAUUAUACCGGUGGUUCAGCUGGAGGAUACAGAUGCUUAUUUUGUCUCACACUUUCCAUCAGAUUAUGACAGCUCUCCUGAUCCAUACUGGACCCUCUCGUUUGCCGUUUACGAGAAGAAUUUGCUGAAACAUUUCGCUAAACGCCUACCACGUAAUUCCUGUCAUUUACACUGCCUUCAGAUUGUUACUCUCCUACACAGAAAGCAAACGGGGCUUACGGGGAAAAGUGCGCUCACUAACUACCACUUAAAGACUGCCCUGUUGCACUUGUUGCUGAGUAAAAAGCUCUCCGUGUGGGGCAUUGACAGUAUUGAGCACAGGCUUCGGGAUGUGCUCAGCUUCUUGCAGAGGAGCCUCCACGAGAAGAGACUUCAUCACGUUCUGAUUGGGAACAGUAAAGUGCCUGAAGAAGUUCAGGUUCCGGAGAUAUUUCGCAAAGCAGAGCCCAUCAAUCUGUUCCGGUCUCUGGUGUUGCAGAGGGAGCUUUAUGCAACAACUGUCGGCCAUUUCCACGAGAUGUUGAGAAAUGCACCUGUUCUCAUACAAGAGUUCACACCUCUCCUAUCAAAUGGAGGUUUACACCACAGACUAGAUUAAAGUUUGUGAGCUUUUGCCCCGUUUCCUUCAUAACUAAAAAGCCAGCUGAUCUUUAAAUAGCAUUCAGUGUUAAUAAUGUUAGAAACAGUUGCACCACAUACAUAAGUACUAAAAUGAAAAGGUGCACAUACAGUUAUUUUAGUUGCGAGAUACGCGACAUCCUGUAGUGGUUUAUGCUGCUGCUUUCUUUUCACUUCACAACAUAACCAGUGUGAAUAAGGGACCCCAAACAAUACAUAAGCAGAAUUUCAACAGCAGGUUCUGUUGUUUGUAAAAAUCUGAUCGCAAAACAGUGUUUCCUACCAGAUGUUCUGUGUUAUAAGCGUCUUUGAGUACCUAGAAAAGCGCUGUAUAAAUGUAUUAUAUAAAGUUAUUUUAAUUCACUCUGUAGGAUUAAGAGUCAUACUGGUGUAACCUGGAAGACAGAUUUUUCAGAUUCAGAUAUCCAUCUGCCUUAAAAAUAAGCAGCAACAAGUAAUCGAAAUGAAAGAUGAUAAGUUUAGAAAAUGCAUUUCCCCAUUUACCUGAACAAAACCCCAAAUAACUUUUGUCAGUUGGGGGAACAUUUUAACAGUAAUACCUCUGAUAUUAUGCCUGUCUAAAUAGGGAAUCAUUUUCCAAACAGUAUUGCAGUAAAGCAAAGUUUUGCCUUUUACAUUUCUACAGGUAGUCAAAUUUUAUUGAACUGGACAACCCGGUUUAGCAUGGUGCUAAAAACGUGUAGUUUUGUUCAUGACAUGGACAGAAAAUUCAGAUUCAGGCCAGAGUCAUUACAUCUGCAAUUUUUAUUAGAUUAAGUGCUGCUCCAUUUAAAACACUGUGAGUCCUAUUUACCUUAUUGAACCUCCAUUAUGGUUCAUAUUUAUUUUCUUUAAUAACAAAACAAGUCUUACAUUUCCAAUAAAAAAACAAAUAAAAAAAAUCACCACUGUAUCCCUGUUAACUCAUCAACAAUAUAUUUUCCUAUUACAAAGUUAGAAAAACAGACAGGACUCCAGAAUAACCAAAAGAAAAUGGAUAUGCAUAACAAACGCUUAAAGAGUUUGAUCACUUCUGUUCUACAGGCCGUAGUCAUAGUUGGGUUUCCCCUCGACGUACGUCUUGUAGAAGGCCUUGUAGGUGUCCACACUGUGCAUGGUAGCUUUGACAGCCGUGUCCUCCAACAUGCGCUCUGUCCACUUCUUCAGCUCAGGUGUGCCGUCAAGGCAGCUGAAAAGACAACGGGAAUCAAAAUCAAAUUACAACACAUGAACAUAAGUCUCAUACGUCUGUUCUGGUGAGAAUCCCUGCUCUUCAUUGUACAAGUCUUACUUCUGGACUUUACCUCAUAUUUGUACUUUGCCUCUUCUAUAUGGUGACCUUGAGUGUUUUGAAAUGCUUCCAGAAAUAAAAUAUAUUUAUUUUUAAAUGUC